AUGCCCAGGCCAUCAGCAUCCGGCGCAUCUUCCUCGAGGACUGCGACGAAGCGACUCAGCAAGGAGCUCGACACAUGGCGCGUUGAGAGCAAGGACGAGACGGGCAUAGAGCGCCUCGGGCCCGUCGAUGACGGCAACUUGCUCGAGUGGGAGGCCGUCAUCAAUGGCCAGGGCGUAGGCAGUGGCUACGAUGAUGGCCGCUGGCUCAUCUCCAUCUCCAUCCCGUCCUCGUACCCGCAGAAACCACCCAAGAUGACCUUCGUCACCCCCAUCGUCCAUCCCAACAUCGCCCUCCAAACAGGCGAGAUCUGCCUCGACCUGCUCAAGGACGCAUGGGCCGGCACCUACAGCAUCCUCGAGUGCGUCCGCGCCGUCCGCAUGCUGCUCAGCUGCCCCGAGACCGAUAGCCCCCUCAACGUCGACGUCGCCGCCCUGCUGCGCGGUGGCGACACCCUCGGCACGCGCAAGCUCGUCGAGUUUUGGAUUCACGACUCGGACGGUAGGUACGGCGGGCCCUAG